GCCGUCCCUUCUCGGACUCGGACUGUUCGUUCGGUCCAAUGGGCUUCCGACUUCCCUCCUCCUCCUCCUCCUCCUCCGCCUCCGCCGCGGCCUGGAAGUGGCUGGGCUUCGUGACGGCGGUGUGGGUGCAGGCCAUCUCCGGCAACAACUACACCUUCUCCAACUACUCCGACGCCCUCAAGUCCCUCAUGGGCCUCACCCAGCUCCAGCUCAACAACCUCUCCGUCGCCAAGGACGUGGGCAAGGCCUUCGGGCUCCUCGCCGGCCUCGCCUCCGACCGCCUCCCGACGCCCGUGAUCCUGCUCAUCGGGUCGGUCGAGGGUUUGGUGGGCUACGGGGCGCAGUGGCUCGUCGUCAGCCGGAGGAUCCAGCCCCUCCCUUACUGGCAGAUGUGCAUCUUCCUGUGCUUGGGAGGGAACAGCACCACGUGGAUGAACACGGCGGUCCUCGUCACCUGCAUACGCAACUUCCGCCGCAACCGCGGCCCCGUCUCCGGCAUCCUCAAGGGCUUCGUCGGCCUCAGCACCGCCAUCUUCACCGACCUCGCCUCCGCCCUCUUCUCCUCCUCCCCCUCUUCCUUCCUCCUCCUCCUCGCCCUCGUCCCCUUCGCCGUCUGCCUCUCCGCCGUCCUCUUCCUCCGCGAGUCCCCUCCCCCCGCCGCUUCCGAAGACCCCAAGGAGGAGUCCCGCUACUUCGGCGUCUUCAACGCGGUGGCCGUCGCCGCCGCCGUCUACCUGCUCGCGUUCGACGUCACCGCCCCCCACGGCCGGGCCAUCUCCCGCGCGUUCGCCGCCUUCCUCAUCGUGCUCCUGGCCUCGCCGCUGGCCGUGCCGGCGUACUGCUUCUUGAAGAGCUUGACCUCCUCGGGGCCGUCUCUCGAGGGUUCCGACAAGCCGUCCCGCGCGGACGUGGAGAAGCAGCGGGGCCGGGACGACCUGGCCGAGCCGCUGCUGAGGCAGGAGGUCGUCCCGGAGAGCCAGCAGAAGCCGGAGGCCGUGGUGGUGGAGGAGGAGGCGGCGGGGAAGAGGAGGCCGGUGAUCGGAGAGGACCACACGAUAUUGGAGGCGAUGAGGAGCGUGGAUUUCUGGAUCCUGUUCGUGUCGUUCUUGUGCGGGGUGGGGACCGGACUGGCGGUGAUGAACAACAUGGGGCAGAUGGGGUUGGCUCUGGGUUACACCGACGUGUCCAUGUUCGUCUCGUUAACCAGCAUCUGGGGAUUUUUCGGCCGGAUCGGGUCGGGUACUCUGUCCGAGUUCUUCCUCAAGAAAGCCGGAACUCCAAGGCCGCUUUGGAACGCGGCAUCCCAGAUUCUAAUGGCCGUCGGCUACAUCAUCCUCGCCAUGGCCCUGCCCGGCUCCCUAUACAUCGGCUCAAUCGUGGUCGGCAUCUGCUACGGCGUCCGUCUCGCCGUCACGGUCCCCACCGCCUCCGAGCUCUUCGGUCUCAAGUACUACGGCCUCAUCUACAACGUCCUGAUCCUGAACCUCCCGCUCGGCUCGUUCCUCUUCUCCGGCCUCCUUGCCGGCCUGCUGUACGACGCGCAGGCGACCCGCACGGCCGGGGGCGGGAACACCUGCGUGGGGCCCAACUGCUACAGGCUCGUGUUCGUGGUCAUGGCGGUUGCCUGCGUGGUGGGGUUCGGAUUGGACGUGCUGCUUGCGGUGAGGAGCAAGAAGGUCUACGCCAAGAUUUACGCCAGCAAGAAGUCAAAGAAAAUGGGAUCCGACGGUCAAUGAUACGUUAGUAAUUCCUGGGCUGAUUUUUUCUUUGGCCCAGCGAUGAAGUCUACAAAUAGAGAAAGCGCCUUAGGUCAACGAACAGUUUUAGAACCUUCCUGCGAUAUUUUGGAGGGUGGGUGGGUUCUAGGCAAAUGUAUGAUGCAAAUUCGUUCACGAGUCGAUGAAUCUUGGCUUGAUUUGCUGA